GCGCAGCAAAGAGCUUUUCCCAGACUUCCUAGUCAAUCGAGAGGGAAAGCUCAGUUCACUAAAGGGGGUGGAGCUUCAUGCAAGAAGAGGAAGUAGCUGCUCUGAGAUGCAGCAUUGAGCUUGUGUGUUAGAAUCGGCACCAGGCUGAAUGUAGGGAGAAAGGUGGAUUUUCAGAAAGGCUUUCUUUUUAUACAGUAACAAUGACAACUCGCUGCGAGGCCUAAGCUGCAGCUGCUAUAUCCAUUCAGAAGACUGCUGACAUUGCCCAGUGAGCUACACUCAUUGUCAGGGAGCUACCACCAAAUACUGUGAAAAGAAACGGGAAAGCAGAGCACAGCCCAGUUCCGGUCAGGCACCACACACUGUGCUGUCAGUGCUGCCUAUCUCCGCACACACUCAACAAGAACCCUGUGUCCAAUCCCAAACAAUGGCUAACUCAUUCUGUCUCAGCCAGUGCGAUGUCAUUGGCUUUGACCUGGACCACACUCUGUGCCGUUACCAGCUGCAAGAAUCCAACAAGCUAAUUUAUGAGAGUUUUGCUCAGUACUUGGUGACUGAAAAAGGUUACAGCGAAGAACUGCUGUGCGUUUCACCCGAGGAAUGGGAUUUUUGUUCAAAAGGGUUGGUUCUGGAUUUGGAAGAGGGGAACUUUCUCAAGCUUGCUGCUGAUGGCACUAUACUCAGGGCAACGCAUGGCACAAAGUCAAUGACUGGAGAAGAAAUUGCGGAAGUUUAUGGAGAGAAGAGAGAGUGGAAACAUUUUAAUGCAAUUAAUGGAAGUUAUGCACGUUCAGCUAAAUAUUACUUUUAUGACAACCAUUUUGAUCUGCCUAGCGCACUCCUAUGCGCAAAAAUUGUGGAUUGUAUUGAAAUGACUGAGGGUCAGAAGAAGUAUGAUUUUUGGAAAGACAUUGUUUCUGCUAUUGAACACAAUUAUAAGACUACAGCUUUUAAAGAAAAUUGUGGGACGUUUUUUCCAGCUGUGAAGAAGGAGCCAAGCAAAUAUUUAAAGCCUUGCUCAGAUGCAGUGAAACAAUGGUUAAGGGACCUCAAGAACUCUGGGAAAACUCUACUAUUAAUCACUAGUUCGCACAGUGACUACUGCCGCCUAUUGUGUGAACAUAUUUUAGGGAAGAAUUUUGAAGAGCUGUUUGAUAUCAUAAUAACCAAUGCCCUAAAGCCUGGUUUCUUCUCUCAUACUCCACAACAAAGACCUUUUUGGGUCCUUGAAAAUGACGAAGAAAUUCUUAUGUUGCCAUCGCUGGAGAAACCUGGCUGGUACUCACAAGGCAACUGGAUACAUCUCCGUGAACUUUUAAAGAAAACUACUGAAAAGAGUGACCCCAAGGUUGUAUACUUUGGAGACAGCAUACGUUCAGAUAUUUUCUCAGCUCAUCACUAUAGCAACUGGGAGACAGUCCUCAUUUUUGAGGAGUUAGAAGGAGAAGAAGUUUAUAAACCAAACAUGACCCAUUGGGGAUCCUCAAAAAAGAAAGGAAAAGAUGAUAGUCUGGAAACAAAGAAUCAGUGCACAGUAUCAAGAACAUGGGGAUCAUAUUUUGCUGACAACAUGUCAGGCAUACAAGGCCUAGAGGAGGUACAUUGUCUCACUUGGUGCUGCACAAGCAUCAGAAACUACAGCACAAUUGCAAUCCCAAGUAUAGAAUCAGUAGUAGAUCUGCCUCUGGAUUACAAGUUCAGCCGUUUCUCCGCUGACAACUCCGAGACUGAAGGCUACUAUCCAUACCCACCACAAGCCCUGAUACCUCAGAAAAAUGAAGGGACUACUGCUUAAUCCCCUCCCCCCAAAGUUUUGUUGUAACACGAUCAACUCAAAUAGGUGUUAACCAUCUUUUAUAUUUCUGUAAAACAUAGAUGUAGCGUGCAUAUCCUUUUCAAAGCUAGCUGAGCCUAGUGGUGAAUCAGUAUUUCUGUAAUAGAGUAUUGUUAGCCACUUAGUAUGGUAUUACAAAUGUGGAUGUUUUCUAAUGGUUUUGUAUCAUUAAGCAGUAAAGUAGCAAAUGUGAAACAGUCUGCCCUCUCUAUAAAUGUGAUGUUAGACAAGUGUAACUAUGACAGAUGAAGAGAUGGGUCACAAUGUAAUGGUCUGCAGUUGUACCUAUUAAAGGACUGUUUCACCUUUCAUGUUUAGUAUGUUAUAAAAUGGUCAUUUCUCAGA